GUGAGGUCGCCAGGCGCGUGAAUGUGCCCCCGGCACGUUCCCAUCUUCACUCAUCCAGGGCGCUCGGGUUCAGAGCUUGGAAUGUUCCCGGAACUUAAUAACCUUCUCAACACCAGCCCUGACCGGGCGGAGCAGGGGAAACUGACUCUACUCUGUGAUUCCAAGACGGAUGGAAGUUUUCUUGUGCACCACUUUCUCUCCUUCUACCUCAAAGCUAACUGUAAAGUCUGCUUUGUGGCACUCCUCCAGUCCUUCAGUCACUACAACACCGUGGGACAGAAACUGGGUGUCAACCUGACCACAGCCCGGGAACGUGGGCAGCUAGUGUUCCUGGAGGGCCUCAAGUCCUCAGUGGACAUCUUCUUCCACCCUCAGGAGGAGCCACACCCCCUCCGCUUUCUCAGGGAAGCCAAUGCUGGGAGCCUGCAGCCUUUAUAUGAGUUUGUCCGGGAGGCCCUAAAACCUGUGGACAGCGAGGAUACUACGUGGAGGUUCCCAGUGCUGCUGGUAGAUGACCUCAGUGUGCUGCUAAGCUUGGGUUUGGGAGCGGUGGCCGUGCUGGACUUUACCCACUACUGCAGAGCAACUGUGUGCUCGGAACUACAGGGAAACAUGGUGGCCCUUGUGCACGACAGUGAAGACGCCGAGGAUGAGGAGAAUGAGCUCCUGCUGAAUGGCCUCAGUCAUCAGAGCCACCUGAUCCUGCACGCUGAAGGCCUGGCCACUGGCUUCUGCAAGGAUGUACACGGGCAGCUGAAGAUCCUUUGGAGGAAGUCCACAGGCCGGCGGGAUCGGAGCCUCAUAUACCAGUAUAAGAUACAGGACAAGAACGUGUCCUUUUUUGCCAAAGGGAUGUCUCCUGCCGUCUUGUGACUCGAUUUAGGGGGCAGCUAAAGCUAACUUGGACCAUUUUUUAGCUGCGUAAAAGGUAGCAGCCUGCCAGGAAAUAGUCUUUUAUGUUGGACUGGUUGAACAGAAAGGGUUGGAUGGUUCUAUGAUGGCAUGUAUACCUUUACGUGGGGCCCUGUUCUGAAAACAGAGAGAGGAAUCUAGCCCUGGAGGCUCCUAUCUGUAAAUCCUAGCUACUCGGGAGGCUGAGAUCUGAGGAUGGCAGUUCAAAGCCAGCUUG